CUGGCUGGUUGGUUGGUUGGUUGGCUGGCUGGCCGUCUGCUCAUCCACAUGCCCUCUCUUUCUGCUCCUUGUUUUUCGUUAUUGUGCUCUUAUGGGUUUUUCGCUGUGCGACUUGGGAUCGACUGCUGCUUCGGCUUGAAGCGUGAUUUGUUGUUAUUACAAUGACGAUUGUCGCGCUCAGCUCUAGUCAGCCGUGUGCUAUUGUUGUUGUAUUUCUCAUAUAUCGCCAACAUUUGGUUAGCAUUGUUCGCCGUAUAUUUGUUGUAGACGUCGCGCUGAUUUUGGCUUUGGCGCUGCCGUUGACGUUGCUGUCUUGGGUUGUUUGUGCGCCGCUCAACUCGGCUUGGGCUCGGGUGGUUGGUUGAUUAGUGUUUUGCCUGGAUUUUAUUAGUUGGUUUUUAAACUUGGUCGUGAGAGGGUAGUGAAAAGUGAAAAUCGGACAAUAUAAACCCAAGUAGUCUGAGCGUGCAAAGAAAGCAGAAAGCCAGCAAAUAAGAAAGCAUUGAACUGCGCAGCUGGAAAAGUGAGUGAUUGAGGAAUAAUUUGUAAGACGAACUUUGAAGUGGCGUGUGGGGUGACGAGUAAAAGUGCAAAUACUUCGCAAAAUAGUGCAGUAGACAGUGUGUUACAUGUGAUUUUGGACUUCUAGUGGUUAACCCAGAAAAGUUAACUAAGCUUAUAAGAAAUAGUUCGCACUCACGAAAUCGGUGUGCUGCACUUGUGCACAAACUUGUAUAAAAAUUACAGUGUGGUUUUUCUAGAAAAGUUUUGUGAAUGGAUGCGCUGAGAGCUAGCAUUGCUUUUGCCAGUCCAGUUGACGCAUACUCAGCUAACAGCAGAACAACUACAAGAACACCGAAGAAGUCGAGUACUGCAGCAUCCUCUUUGCGAUCAUCGCCAGCUUCCUCACCGAAUUCUUCGCCGAAAGCAGUUAACACAGCCGCAGCAACAAUUGCGCCGCCUUCGCCCACACACUCUUCCGGCGCUUCAUCGUGCUCUUCUUCGCGGUCCAGAUUGCGCGUAGCAACCCCCGACUCGGAUACGCCUGACGCUGGUGCUGGUGGUGGUGAGGUUGAGGAUAUGAGUGUGAGUGGUGGAAGCCAAUUGGGCGCAGCGUUGGACAUGAAGACGAAGGGCUCAGCAGCCGCCUCCGUGGCUGCCGCUGCCGCCGCCGCUGCCGUUGAACUAUUGCAAGGGGGUGCGCCAACUUCUCAGAUGCAGUCGCAGAAAAUCAAAAAAUGUGCGUUUAAUAAACAAAAUCAAUCUUUUACUGAAAUUGUAGAUGUAAAUAUAAAAUUUUCGAAAAUUACCCGACGCACAGCGAGAGCUAUUGCAUGUGACGCUGCCGAAAACAAUAACAACAACCCUGAUAAGCAGAAUAGCAAUUUGAUGGCAAUCGUUAAUAGUGACUAUGCGCAGCAAACGGCUUUGCCAACAACAAAACCAACAAUGCCUGCCCCGAAGUUGCUCCGUAGUUGUCGCAGUAAAAGUAGUCCUCGACUACAACAAUUAUAUCAGCAACAACAACAGCUGCAACGACAACAAAAGCCAGUGUCAUUUCAGCGGUGCCAUCAAAAGCAACGCCAACAACAACUACAAAAACAUACCAAAUGUUACGUACAAAAACCGAAAGCUCAAAAAUAUCUCAAUAAGAAAUUUAGACUUGAACAAGAACGCAAAUUUGCUGAAGCUGAACAGCUGCAACAACAGCAACAACAACUAUAUUCGUCGACAAAAGAAAAUUUUUUACUUACGCUCGAUUUACUUGCAGUGGUCCGCCGUAAUGCCUCCGACAAGUUGCGCCUCAUCCAAAUGGUACACGACAAUCCGAUACUUUGGGACUCACGUCUGCCCAAUUUUAAGGGCGCCGAAGAGGAGAAGAAUCGCGCUUGGGAAAUGAUUGGCAAGGAGUUCAAUGCGCCGGGGCGGCGUGUGGCGCGCGCCUUCAAAUCGCUGCGCGAGUCGUAUCGACGCGAGCUGGCGCAUGUCAAAUUGAUGGGCAAUGGCUUCAAGCCGAAGUGGAGUUUGUAUGAAGCAAUGGAUUUCUUGCGCGAUGUCAUCCGAGAAAGAAAAGGCGGUUCGCACGCAGCUGAACAGGCGGCCAUUGGCCUUAAUUUGAGCGCAUUCUCGCAGCACUUAAACAACAAUAACAACAACAUCGGCAAGUCUGCAUUGAAACUGAACGGGCUGCAUUCAUCUUUCAACGAAAGCGCACUGAAUCUGUCGAAAUGCGCACCCGGCCUGAAUAUGAGCCACGAAGACUACUACUACUAUGUGAAAUCGGAAAUGGAUUUGAACGCGGCGCAUGCGGGUAGCAAUGGCAUUGGUGGUGGCAAUGCAGCUGUGUCGCUGCAUCCACUGCCAGCGCAUCAAGCCCAACAACAACAACAGCAAUUACACAGCGCUGCGCAUGACAGCCGCGUCUCAUCCACGCGCAACGACAGCACCACACAGCACAGCAACACAUUCGACGAUCUUGACGCAUCGUCGGUACGCAGCGGCGACGAGGCCUCCAUGCGUAAUGCGGACAUGAGCAAUCAGGGCUCGGACGAGGUGGAGGAGCUGGAAGCCAUAGAUGCUGAUUUUCCCUAUCCCCUCAUACUCGACGCCAAUUCGCCGCGUUCCAUGAGCGCAGCAGGCGGCAACGGCAACAUUGGUGGCAAUGCUGUUGGUGGCAGUGGUGCAUUGAAACGCAAACGGCGCGACCUCAACGGUGACGGCAUGGACGAUGGUGCUGGCGAUGAUGACGAUGACUACGAGGGCCAGAUGAUGCAGCAGCAUCGUCAUUUGCGUCAACAAAAUGGCGGCAUGGGCGGCGGUGGUAGUGGCAGCGGCAUGAAUGGCUGCAUGUUGGAUAUGCCGCCGCCGCAGACGGUACGCGAGGUGUUGAACUCCAAAUUUUGCGGCUUUAUUUCGGCGAAACUCAAUAGCAUGGAAGACACGGAGGCGGAUAAUUUAAUGAACAAAAUACUCAUGUUGUUGGUGCAGACACAAACGAAUGAAGCCAAAUAGGGCGCUGGACUGUGAUACAAGUGAUGGUUGGCAACGUGUAGCAAAUGCGAUGCCACCAACAUGCAAUAAAUGUGCGUGUGUGCGUAUAUGCGUAUGUGGAUAUGUGGCGGUGUGCGGAGUUAAGCGAAAGCCUUGUUGAUGUAACUAUCGUGGGUAACGGUGGUACUUCAGGUAGUGCUUGGUGGCAGACGUUUUUCAAGACAUUUUUUUCUAACCAAAUUUUGAAAUUAUUACAAAAGCCAUAUUUUGUUAGUUUUUAUUUUUAUCUAUAAGUUAUGUAGCUCUUGCAUAUAUUUUGCUUUGGUGGAUGUGGUUUAUUGUGAACAUAUUGCAUAUUAUUUAAUAAUACUGAUAUUUUUAAGUUUCUCUCGUUACUAGCACAUUUAAAUGGAAUUAAAUGCUCAAAGUGAAGAUUCUUAGUAGACAUAGGCAUAAGUUCAUGAGUGAGCUGAAAUAGAAUUUGCUAAAAAUGCCAUAUUGAAUUUUUUUCUUAAAAAUUUUUGAUACAAAAAAAUAAUAAUAAUAAUAAAAAUGUAUUAAUAAAUAUCAAUAAUAUAUUUAAGAUUAUUAUACUUUGUUCUAAGCACUAAAAUUAACUCAAACUUAUAUCGAAAUAUUAGUUGAAAGUCUGAAUAAAUAAAAUUCUACAUUUAUAAUUUCUUUGGUUAUUAUUUAUUUAAUUCCUUUUAGUUUAUAUUUUUGUUUGUUUUUUUUUUCUAAAAGUUUUGGUACGAUUAUUAUUAUGUUUCAAUACUUGUUUUCUAAAUUGCUGAAUUGUCAUGUGAAAUGUCUAUCAGACUUAACUUAACUUAUUUUCUUGAAAGUGGACGUGAAUUUUUUCUGUACAUUUUAUUUAUCAAAUAAUUUAAUUAAAUAUUGGACGUUAUAUUUUUUAAGAAUUAAUUUUUCAUGGUUUAAUUUAUGAUUUUGGUAUAUCAGUUUUCUAUUUCUUUAAAAUUCGCUAAAAAUAAUUUUAGUAUGUUUUAUUUCCAAAUAAAAAUUAAAAUUAUUAAAACUGAAAUAUUAAAUUUUUGAGAUCUAAAAUAAAAAAAAUAAUAUUAAAAUACAAUUUAUCAAAAAAAAAAAAAGAAAAAAUAAUUUUAUAUUUUCUUCAUUAUUACAAAAAAUUAAUUGAAUUAAGUAGUAUAAACUAUUUUUAAGAUUAAAUAUUAUCUGUUCUUACUAUGGUUGUAUUGUACUUGCCAUAUAUUUUGUAUUUAUAUAGUUUAAUCACCCAAAAACAAAAAUCGUACACAAAUUAACUUUUAAUGUACAGUGAAACAGCGCUUGCGCCAAAGACAGACUUCAGAAAAUGUGAACUGCAAUUUAUUUGCACUGCUUUCGACAAAAAUUGAAGUUAUAUAUGCUCAAAUGCCAAAUACUUGACCAAAUUAAAGAAAAAACAAAAAAAAAACACCCAAAAAAUCAAUGAACAAAAAUUAUAAAAAAUUAAAAAAAAAUAACAAAUUAAAAAUUAUAAAAAUUAAAAAAAAUAUUAAUUAUACAAAUAAUAUUUUCGAAUUAAUUUAUAUUUAAAUGUAUCGUUUAAGUCAUAAAAUUAAUUUUGAUAAAAAUAGUGUUAUUUGUAAAACUGCAAUAACAGUAGAUCAACUUUGAAUUCACUUUAAUUUUACAAACAUUUAAAGUAUAUUUUGGUCUUAAUACUUGAAAUUCAA